AAUAGCGCGACCGCCAUUUCUCGUCUCUGUAAAUUUGUGUUGAGCGUCAGUCUUAUUGGUUAAGCAUUGAAAAUAUCGUAUAAAAUAUUUGUAUUUAAAAAUUUUAUAUGAUUUUUCUUUGGUUCAUAAGAAGUUUUUCCGUGAGAAUUCUUUGCAAUCGUAUAAUUUGAACUAUUUCCAAGUAUUUGUGAUUGUAUUAUUUUUGUUGAUACAACAAUUUGAAGCCGACUCUUCCCACGAAACUUAUAGUAUACAGAAGUUUGGGUUGAACGAAAUAUGGAAGAUUUAGUUUGGGCAAAAAUGAAGGGCUUUUCACCUUGGCCAGGACGUAUUUGUUAUCCUCCACCUGAGCUUGGUCAAAAACCGAAAAAAGCAAAAGGUCCAGUACGUUGUAUUUUUUUCUUCGGAACUUGCAACUAUGCGUGGAUUGAAGAGAACAAUAUUAAAAACUAUCUUGAGUACAAAGACCAGUUGAUAAAGUCGAGUAAAACGGCAGCAUUCAAGGAAGCUGUGCAAAAAAUUGAAGAAUAUAUAUCUGAUCCCGUGAAAUACCGCUGCAAUGCAGAACCUACAGCGACACAUGAAGAGCAGAACAACGACGCGUCCGAAAGUGUUUUCGAUAAGUUGCUUGAAGGAGAAGCUAAUCAUGAAGAAAAUGAUCGAGGCGACGCUGUUGCAGCCGCAGUUGCUGCAGCCGUUGCACAGCCAUCGCCAAAGCCAGUGAAGAAAAAAAUAGUAAGUGGAUUAUUAAAACGAUAUAGUGAAGGGAUCAAUAUUAAGAAAGUUAUGAUAUUAUCAUUAUUAUUAUUAUUAUUUAUAAACACUACCAAAAAACUGGCUGAAUAUUUAGUUUUGCAGGAAAAUGACUUAAAGAGUCAUGAAAAUCCUGAUAUUUCCAUGUUUAUACAGUUAGGGUAUUACAUAGAUAGCUUCGAUUCAAAGUGUUUCUCGACUUGUAUGAGAGUUUGUUAUUUGAAUGAUCCAAAAAAUAAAACCUAACCAAAGCAUAGAAAUGAAUAAAGGUAGCCAUGUCAACGGUCCAUUAUACGUGUAAAAAUAAAAGAUUAAAUGAGGCGUAAACGUGGUAAUAAUGGCCUCAAUGACUGCUAAAGUCAUCGUUCAAUUUAUCAAGGAGGUGAUAAAUUGAGGAGAAGUUUUACGUCUUAUCCAAACAAGCCCCUGUUGGUAGUUUUGAAUUUGCAGUUGACGUCGAGAUCGGAAGAUCUGAACAAUUUAAAUUAAUC